AUGGAAGAAUUAGGAAUAUUAACGCCAAAAGAGGCGGGCAGUGGUUCGGCAAUUGCAGACAAUCAUUCCGGUCUUAAGAGCGCAAAAUUUAACGGUGACAUAAAGCCGAACGACGACGUUUAUCUAAAGCUACAAAAGCUUCAAAAGCAGCUUGAGCUUAUAUUACUUCAAGAGGAAUACAUUAAAGAUGAGCAGAGAUAUUUGAAGAGAGAGUUAAUAAGAGCUCAAGAGGAGGUGAAAAAGAUCCAGUCUGUUCCUUUGGUUAUAGGCCAAUUUCUGGAACCAAUUGAUCAACACACGGGUAUUGUUUCUUCGACCACCGGUUCUAAUUAUGUCGUGAGAAUAUUGUCCACACUCGAUCGUGAGUUGUUGAAACCUUCAGCAUCAGUUGCAUUGCACAGGCACUCAAACGCUUUAGUUGACAUUCUUCCUCCAGAAGCAGACUCUUCCAUAUCUAUUGUGGGUGACCGCGAGAAGCCAAAUGUUACAUACAACGAUGUUGGUGGAUUGGACCUUCAGAAGCAGGAAAUUAGAGAGGCAGUUGAGCUUCCAUUGACACACAUGGAUAUGUACAAACAGAUCGGUAUAGAUCCACCUAGAGGUGUGUUGCUAUAUGGACCUCCGGGUACUGGAAAAACGAUGCUUGUUAAAGCUGUUGCACAUCACACAACGGCAUCAUUUAUCAGGGUGAAUGGAUCUGAGUUUGUCCAGAAAUACUUGGGUGAAGGACCUCGUAUGGUCCGUGAUGUGUUCAGGUUGGCUAGGGAGAAUGCUCCUUCCAUUAUAUUCAUAGAUGAGAUUGAUGCUAUUGCGACAAAGCGUUUUGAUGCUCAGACUGGUGCUGACAGGGAAGUCCAGAGAAUUUUAAUAGAGCUACUUACUCAAAUGGAUGGUUUCGAGCAGUCAACAAACGUUAAGGUGAUUAUGGCUACGAACAGACCAGACACAUUAGAUCCAGCUUUGCUACGUCCUGGAAGAUUGGAUAGAAAGAUUGAAUUUCCAUCGUUGAAGGAUAGGAGAGAAAGAAGAAUGAUUUUUAGUACCAUUGCUUCGAAGAUGUCUCUUGCUCCUGAGGUUGAUCUUGAUUCCUUGAUCAUUCGUAAUGAUCCAUUAAGUGGUGCAAUUAUUGCCGCUAUUAUGCAAGAAGCUGGUCUCAGGGCCGUUAGGAAAAAUAGAUACAUGAUCAUUCAGAGCGACCUCGAGGAAGCAUACACGUCACAGGUUAAGACUGGCUCGGAGGUUGAUAAAUUCGAGUUCUACAAAUGA